AUGUCGUACGAAGUAUCAGGAGAAUCUAAGGGUAAUGAGAAAAAUCUACCGGUAAAGGAUAAAGAUAAGUGUACGGAAGAAAAAGAUGACAAGAACGCGAUAAUAGCUGGUUUACAGCAACUUCGUGAGCAGCAAAGAAAUAUUGUAGUGGAGUUAGCACGAGUAGAAGACGAUAAACGUGAACAUGAACGUGUGAUUCAAGUGUUAAAAAAGAUGGAAGGUGAUAGAAAAUGCUUUCGAAUGGUAGGCACAACUUUAGUGCAGCAUGAAAUUAAAACUGUAUUGCCCAUUUUGGAAUCUACAUUACAAAAUCUGGAUACAUUAGUGAAUUCAAUGAAGGAUAAUUUGAUAGAAAAAGGUAAAGAAUUGCAAGAAUAUACGGAAAAACAUAAAAUUCGUUAUGUCACUGAGAAAGAAUUGAGGGAAGAAUCUGAACGUAACAUGAAAAAAUGA